AUGCCUUUCCCCGUUGCUUCUUGAUGGAUCGCUCUCGCUCGCCACGUGCACGGACGCAGCCAAAGAAGAUCCUGGUCACGGGCAGCCAUGGCUUCAUCAUGGGCUAUGUGAUCCCCCUCUUCUUGGAAGAGGGCCAUGAGGUCUAUGGCAUCGACAACUUUUGGAAGUAUGGUCCUGUCUCUCGCAGCUUUGAGAAGCACCCGCGCUUCCACUUCACCAAAGGUGAUGCAAAGGAUGUGGAUCUGCUGAGGAAGAUUGUCUUUGACAACAAGAUCGAAAUCUUCGUCGCAGCUGCCGCCAUCAUUGGAGGAAUCUCCAUGUUUCAUAAGCUGGCUUAUUUCCUCCUUGCCGAGAAUGAGCGCAUCACCUGUUCUGCCUUCGAUGUUUGCGUUGAGGCACAGCAGGCGGGCUUCUUCGAGAAGGUGGUGGUGAUCAGCAGCUCAAUGGUCUACGAGUGCAGCGACAGCUUUCCAUCCAAGGAGACGGACCUGAAAACCUGCCCGCCGCCGCAAAGCACCUACGGAUUCCAAAAGCUGGCAUGCGAGUACUUUGCCAAGGGCGCUUGGGAGCAGCACCAGGUCCCGUACACAAUAAUCCGACCCUUCAACGCGGUUGGCAUCGGGGAGCAAAGGGCCAAAACCGACUCGGAAGUGCUCAGCGGCAAUGUAAAGCUAGCAAUGUCACACGUGGUGCCGGACCUUGUUCAGAAGGUGCUCAAGGGCCAGAAGCCGCUGCACAUCCUCGGCUCCGGGAACCAGACACGGCACUACACCUAUGCUGGGGACCUCGCGCGGGGCAUUGUGAAAUGUAUCAUGGAUCCUCGGUCCAAGAACCAGGACUUCAACAUUUCCACGGCCGCCGGGCACACGGUCCUGGAGCUGGCGGAAGUGAUUUGGAAGAAGCUCAAAGGGGACGUGGCCUUCGAGUACGUCUCCGACGAGCCCUUCCAGCAUGACGUGCAAAUGCGUGUUCCCUGUGUGGAAAAGGCCAAGGAGGUGCUGGGCAUUGAGUGCACCACUUCGCUGGAAGAUGCGCUGGAUGAGGUCAUCCCCUGGAUCAAGGAGCAGGUGGCGCUGGGCACGAUCUGAGCGCGUCAGAGGUAAGUGGCUUGCCAGAAGU